AAGUGAAAAUUUCUUUCUUUUUUUUUUUACGGAUUCAACUGGCGCCAUCAAAUGGAGGAAAAAUUCCACUGCUCAAAAGUCGAUUUCAGGGUCAAUUCUCCCUGGAAAAAAGUCGGACCCUUUUCAACGAUUUUUUUUCUGCCCGUUAGGGCUUCUUCCGUCGCGCGCCUCUUCCAUUGCGCUCCUCUCCUUCGCUACCGCCUCUUCAUCACGCUCUUCCUCGCUUCUCGUUGUCAUCGCAAUCAGUCCAUCAGUUCUUCCUUUCAUCGCCAGAUUUUGCAUUUCGAUCGACUUUCCACCACAAACAGUCGAUCGGUUUCUCCGAGGAUGACUGUUGCCCUUCUUUUGUGCGGGUUUUUAUUUUUUGCCCGUCAGGGCACGCACUCUCCCCUGCUGCCUCACACUGCUUCGUUUCCCCAUCUUCUUCUCGAGCAGGAAUUCUUCUUUUUCUGGCCUCCACGGCAGCAAUCAGGAGGAUCCAUCAUCUCCUGCCCCCGAAAGCAGCGCCAUCGUUCCUCUCUUCAGAAACAAAGUCUCAUUGCUCUGGGGCCCGUGACCUGUUCAUCUGCUUUUUUCUUUUUUAUCUGUUUUUGAAUUGAGAUAAUUGCCGAAAGCUUUUGAUCAUUUGCAAUUUGAGGUCGCACUUUGUCAAUGAAAAUGGAAGAGAAUAGAGGAAAAAUGAAAUUUGAUGGCUCGAUUAUGUGAUUUGGUUUGGAGCAAAAUCA